CUUCUGGGUGGGACGUGCAAAGUUGGGCACCAAGUUCUGGGCAUCAAUCUGGUUGGGAUGCUACCCUCGUCCUCCAGGGAGGGAGGCGGCUAGCCUUAAAAGCUGGCUGCUCUUGCCCUCCCACGCUUGGAGGGCCCAGCCUGGAAGUCGCGAGGCGGCUUGGCUGCCCUCCCAGCCUCCUGGCUGCAGAGGGGGAGAGGCGGCGACGGUGGCGGCGGCAGCAGCCGGUUUCCUGUUUUCCCUCCCCUGGCACACUGGGGAGGGGGUGGGGUUUGCCUUCCCGGAUUGGGCCUACAAGCCCGAGUCGAGUCCCGGCUCCCGUCAGAUCCAACUCUGGCAUUUUAUCCUGGAGCUGUUGCGCAAGGAAGAAUAUCAUGACGUCAUCGCCUGGCAAGGGGAUUACGGCGAGUUUGUCAUCAAGGACCCCGAUGAAGUAGCCCGGUUGUGGGGGGUGAGGAAAUGCAAACCUCAGAUGAACUACGACAAGCUGAGCCGGGCCUUGAGGUAUUACUACAACAAGCGGAUCCUGCACAAGACCAAAGGCAAACGUUUCACCUACAAGUUCAACUUUAACAAAUUGGUGUUGGUCAACUACCCCUUCAUCGACAUGGGCAUGGCAGGUGGGGCCGUGCCCCAAAGUGCUCCACCUGUGCCCUCGGGUGGGUCACACUUCCGCUUCCCCGCUUCCACUCCAUCUGAUGUCUUGUCACCGGCCGAGGAUCUGCGUUCGCCUGGGGUCUUCUCCGCCGUGGCUCGCCGCCUCGCUCGGGGCUCGGUCAGUGACUGCAGCGACGGCACCUCGGCCAAUUCGGAAGUGGAGGAGACGUUGGCCGAAGAGCAGCGACGUGGCGGAGGAGGAGAGGCGGGUGGAUUCCGUGGGCCCCCCCUGCCCAGCCAUCCACGUUUGACCCACGACGCCCUCUUUAGAAUCUAUCCUCGCCCGCGGGUUCCUGAGCCUCUCAGCCCCUUCCCCGUGUCCCCCAUGGCUGGGCCUGCUGCUCUCCUGCCCCCCCAGCUGUCCCCUGCACUUCCCCUCACCCCCACUCACAUAAAUUACACUCCCUCACCCACCCUCAGCCCCAUGUAUCCCAGCGGCUCCCACUUCUCCUUCAACCCUGAGGACAUGAAGCGCUACCUCCAAGCUCACACCCAGAGUGUGUACAACUACCAUCUCAGCCCCAGGGCCUUCCUCCACUACCCCAACAUUAUCAUCCCGCAACCCCAGCGGUUGGAGAAACCACCUCUUCCCCCUCCGCCCCCACAAGCUGAGGAGCCCCCCAGCCCUUUCAAAUUCAAGCUGCAGCCGCCACCAUUGGGGCGCCGCAACCGUGACAAACAGCCUGCGCUGGCUUCAGCUGUGCCCCCAGGAGACUCCAGCGGUGGCCUUCUCACUGCCGCCUCCUCCUCCUCCUCCUCCUCCUCCUCUUCUGCAGCUGCUCCGGAGACCCUCGUCCCCCAGAUCAAAGUGGAACCCAUCUCGGAGGGAGAGUCUGAGGAAGAUCUCACCGUGGAAGUCACUGAUAUCAGUGAGGAUGACGAGGAGGUCUUUAAGGCUCCUUCGGCCCCCCUGGAGAAGAUUGAAAACGGGGAGACUUCAGAGACUUCAGCCUUGGCGCCCCCCGUUUCUCGGGCCGGGGAGAGCGGCAAAUGCAUUCCCCUCAAAUUACGCUUCAAACGCCGCUGGAGUGAGGAUCAGCGGUUGGAAGCCGGUGCGACGGCCGACGAAACAGACGACAAGAAAGUGAAGGGCGAGGAGGACGCCGGUGGUCACGGGGACUCGGUGGGAGGCCGGCGGAUCAGCACGGAGCUGCAGCAGGCCACAGCUGAACUGACCCUGGAGAAUCGGGACUGCUAAACAGGACAUGCAGCUCUCCCUCCCUCCGGACAAAUGGACCGAUGAUGGGGUGGGUGGGCUGACUUUGCUGCCUUAACUCAGAGAUUAUCUUUCUAUUUUCCUUUCUCCUUCUUUCCUUCCUUCCUUCCUUGGCCUGGAACUCUGUACAUGCUCUUCUCCUCCUUUGAAAGCCAGAAAAAAAAAUGUAGGGGGCAGGGGAAGUUUUUACUUGUCUAUAUGCAUAUAUAAAUCUAAAUCUAAAUCUAUAUAUUAUAUAUAUGUAAAACCUCUUUGCAGGGGUGGGGGGGAUUUCUAAAAAUUAAUAUGCCAGGUUUGUUUUUAAGGGUUCUCUUUUCUCUUCCCCUCCCCCCACCUCAUACACUAUAAGCCUCAGGACCUUUUUAAUUAAGAUUGCCCCCCCAAUACGGUGUAGUUUGAAAAAAAAAAAAAGCAUUCAGGAGGGGGAGCUUUGUAGAGUAGUCUUAUGAAAGCCACCACUCUACUAUUUUCCUCGUCCUCACACUCCACAAACUUGCAAUUCGCAAUCUUAAGCACAAUACACUUUUUAAUCCCUCAGUGGAUCAAAAAGAGAGUUAGCCAUAUGUUCUCUUCUGUCCCUCUUAACCCCUUCCCGUGCGCCUUUGGCGUUUAGCCAUGCUGGCCACACCGCCACGGAAAUUGUCUUCGGCCGCCACCGACUCCUGCAGCCAAGAAACGGGAGUUGAGCACGUUGCCCCUAGAGUUUGGAUACCUUUUUUACCUUUUAUAUAGGAACUACAUUAAAUAUUUUAUAGGCUGCCCAAGAAUCCCUCUUCGCUCAAGGCAACCUAGGCGAGCCAAAAGGAUAGACACGCCUGCUGUCGAUGGUUAGCGGGGGACCAUCGAGGCAUCCUUCUUGUAGAACUCUUUUGUUGUUGCGUCUUCUUAAUCUAGAAUAACUGAAGGGGAUCCCAUGCGUUUUCGGGGCUUGCUACCCCCCGUGGAUGGUUGAGGGUGUGACUUUGCAACACGUCCAUCCUCGCCACCAGUGGCAAAAGAGGCAUUUUCUGUCUUAGCUUUGCCAAACCCACCAAAGACUUCCCUUUAUAAGGAUACUUUAGGACAGGGGUCUCCAACCUUGGUCCCUUUAAGACUUGUGGACUUCAACUCCCAGAGUCCCUCAGCCAGCAAAGCUGGCUGAGGAACUCUGGGAGUUGAAGUCCACAAGUCUUAAAGGGACCAAGGUUGGAGACCCCUGCUUUUAGGAAACCAUGCAAAACAAGGAUAGGCUUGGGGCCUAGCUCAGGCUUAUCCAGCCUGGAGGCCGCAUACACUCCUGGAGAGCUAUUAAUGUGGCUGCGCAAGAUUGUAAACUUUUUUAACAUGUGAUGUAUAUCCAUUAUAUAGUCCUCCGUUUACCGACGCAAUUGAGCUCCAAAUUUCCGGUUGCUAAGCGAGACAAAUUAUGAAGUGAGCCUUGCUUGGUUCGCUUAAACAAUGGCCGGGAUAGUCGAUAAAACAACGGUAGUUUUGCCCCGGUUUACAACUUUUCGUGAGACAGUUCAGUGACUCAUGAAGUUGUUAAGUGAAACAUGCGGUCGUUAAGAGAAUCCAGCUCCGCCCACCGUGUUUGCUUGUUGGAAGCCAGCUGGGAAGGUCAUAAAUGACAUGACACACACACACACCCAGCCAAUUUGACCAAAAUCAGUUGGCAUGUGUCCGAAUUUUGAUCACGUGACCAUGGGGACGCUGCAACGGUCGUAAGUGUGAAAAAUCGGUCACAGAGUCACUUUUUUCAGUGCCGUUGUAACUUUGAACGGCCAUUAAACAAAUGGUUAUAAGUCAAGGACUACCUGUAUGUAUGUUACAUGCCACCCAGGAUAAUUCCAGAACCAGUUUGGUCUAGUGGUUAAGGCGACAAGCUUAGAAAGCAGGAGGCCGGGAGUUCAAGUCCCGGCUUAGCCAUGAAAGCCAGCUGGGUGACCGUGGACGGUUCCCUUGCCUCUUGGCCCACCUCACAGGGUUGUUGUGAGGAAAUAGGAGGAGGAAGGUGUGUUUUGAAUAUGUUCUCACCGCCUUGAGUUACUUGUAAAAAAAAACAAUAAAGGCAGGAUACAAAUAAAUAAAAAUUUUUUAAAAAAUCCUCUUCACUCAGUGUUGCCCAGGAAAGGGGGGGACCCCCUCGGCCAUUUAACCUCAUUAGGUUUGGGAAUUAAGGGUGGGUGGGUGACAUAUUUGAAGAGUUUUUUUAAGUGCCUGUUGAAAUGCUGUUUCCAAGGGAACCUAAGCAGGGAGUGGACAUUCCUUUUUUCCCUCUCUGUCUGCACAACUCUUGUCCCUGAAAAAGCCGGCUCUUCCUUUCUUGGUGCCCCCCAUCCCUCCUAGCAACUUCAGAAAUUAAGACACUCUUUCCCUCCCAUCUUGUUAAACAAUUCCACCUUUUUUUUUUGCAAGGGAAUAUUUGUGGGGUGGGAUGUGUGUGUCAAAAAAAAGAGAGAGAGAUACGCUGCAGGAUGGGACGGUGCCUUAGAACAGAAAAACAUUUGGGAAUCUUGCAAUGGUUGUGCUCCAAAUCCUUAGGGAUGUAUUUGCCUUGCUCUCCACUCUGUUAGGAUCAGAGAUUAUUCAGUUCCCCCAAAGAGAGAGGUUUGCAUGUAGACGACUCUUCCCCAUCCCCACCCCAAAAAAAGCUGGUAUAUGGGAUGCUGCCAUGAAUCCAAAGGCAGGAUCUGGAUUUGUAAUCUCCUUGUGAGAUCAAUAUAAAGCAGUAAUGUGCUUGAGGGUUGUUUUAUAUAUAUAUAUGUAUAUAUACAUAUAUAUAAUAUGCAUAUAUAUAUAUAGCCUUAUUCAGAUUCUUGUACAUAUCAAAGGUAAUGGGGUGUCGUUCAUUUUAAGAAUGUAAAAAAAAAUAUAUGAAACCAAUAAAGGGUUUUGAGAUUUCAUAA